AUGAAGAGGACUGCGAUUUCUGCGGCUGCGACGCUGAGGGCCAGCACUGCGGUGAGCGGCUCGGCCUCCGCCACCCUUACCCGCAUGGCUCCCGUCCUGAGCUCCGGGUCGAGCAAGCGCGAGGUGCACGAGAUUAAUGUUCCCGAUUGGGGCCACUACAAGCGCGAGGCGCAGGAGGGAGGCGAGAGUGGAGGCCGAGCCUUCAGCUACAUGGUGCUCGGUACCGCUGGUGUGGGCUAUGCCGCCGCGGCCAAGCACACCGUCAUCAAGUUCCUCGAUUCGAUGAAUCCCGCCGCCAAUGUGCGCGCCAUGGCCAACGUCGAGGUUGAUGUCUCCAACAUCGCCGAGGGCACCAUCAUGACGGUAAAGUGGAGGGGCAAGCCCCUCUUCAUCCGUCACCGCACGGCCGAGGAAAUCGCCGAUGCCGAGUCGGCGCCCCUCACCGACAUGCGCGAUCCCUGCCCCGAUGCCGCCCGCAGGAAGGCCGACAAGCCUGAGUGGCUCAUCGUGCUCGGCGUGUGCACCCACCUCGGCUGCGUGCCCCUCGGUGGCCAGGGCGAGUAUGGUGGUUGGUUCUGCCCUUGCCACGGUUCUCACUACGAUACUGCUGGCCGCAUCCGUAAGGGUCCCGCCCCUCUGAACUUGGAGGUGCCGCCCUACGUGUUCAAGGAUGACUCCAAGGUGCUCGUCGGCGUGGACUCUGUGUAA